CCUUCAUUGCUUCACCCACAGUGGACUGUUCAUUAGCGGAUUAAACGAAGACGACGACAGAAAGCUUUUUGCUGACUUGCAAAUUUCCAAUUCGUCUUCUUUCUCCAAUCCCGAUACUAAUAUCGGGAUUCUACUUGCCGUUCCGUGUGAUUUUCAUCUUCUUCGCUACUAGAAUUUGUUUCUCUCGGAACCCUAAAUUUCCUCUGGAGCAAAGAUUUCAGAAAAAUUUCACAAUUUCAAAUGCUUGUUUGUUAUUUCUCCUUGGUUCAACGAUGAUCUUAGACGAGAAGAAUCGAAAAAACCUCGUAUUCCUUAUCUUACAGUUCUUUGAUGAAGAGGGCUACCAAGAAAGCUUACACUUAGUGGAGCAGGAUUCAGGUGUUUACUUUGAUUUUAGCUACUUCUCUAAUGCGAUACUCAAUGGUAACUGGAAAGACGCUGAGGACUAUCUUUCAGCAUUCACUAGUCCAGAUGCUAAUACCUUUUCAAGGAAGAUGUUCUUUGACUUGUUCAAGUGGAAAUUUUCUGAAGCAACUGAUAGAGGUGGUGGCUCUGAAUCUGUGAACACAUUCUCCAAGGAUUUGCGACGGAUUCCUGUUUUAAAAGAUGAUAGCUUUGACGAUUUGGUUGAGGUGAUUGCUGUAGAUGAUAUGAGUUUUCCUGAGCAAACUUGUUGCGUGGACAAAGCACCGGGGAGAGCCAAGUUGUGUGUUGAUCUCUAUAAACUAGCAAAAAGCAAUCCUUCUUUAUGUGACAAACUCGAUUUUCCGAAGUUGAAUACAUCUGCACUGCUCUCACUGAUCUCCCUCAUUUGUCCAAAUUGUCAUGGGAGAAAGGGAGGUUUGAAGGAAGAUCUCAUUUGCUUAAUCCUUCAAUUUCUCUAUGAAGCAAAGUACAAGAACACUCUGCAUAAACUAGAGCAAGAAACAAAAGUCUUCUUCAACUUGAAUUAUCUGGCGGAAGUGAUGAAGCUUGGUGAAUUAGGCAAAGCUGAAGAGUACCUGGGAGCUUUUACAGACUCAGGAGAUAAUAAGUACUCAAAGGCUAUGUUUCUUGAAAUUCAGAAACUUAUAUGCCUAGAAUCUACAGAAAGGGAAGUUGCAACCCCAUCUGGAUCUCUUGAUAACAUGUCGCCGAAGGUAAAGCUGCAUGCCUCUGUUGUCAUGCUAGCUAAGAAGAAUCCAGUACUGAAAGAUAAACUCAAGUUUCCUAGCAUGGAAAAGUCAAGACUUUUAACACUGAUGAAGCAGAGUUUGGACUGGUGGACUUCUCGUACAUGCAACAACUCUAGCUCUAUGGAAAAUAUUCCAGUAGUGUCAUACCUUUGUGGCACACCAUCCUAUUUUAAAAACAAAUUCAAGAAAACAGGGCCAAGGAAGAAGGUUAUUAACUGCAAACCAAACGAAAUCAAUGAUAUAUCUCAGUGCAAUGCACUCGUUCUUCCUGAUUAUUGCUCAGAAGAAAGGAUUGUACGUUUGACCUAUUCCCCUUCUGGAGAUUACAUACUGGCUUUGGCAGAAGACGCCACACAUAAACUCUGGACUUGGUCGAGUAGCCAAAAUGAAUUCUGCAAGUAUACUCCUCGAAUAUUGAAGGAAAAUAUAUUUCCGAAGCCACGAUUACAUCAACCUCANUGUGGUGGCAACAGUAGUCAUCAUAGUAAUAAUGGUGAUGAUAGGUACGGGAGAGGAAGAGAUGAUUUCAGAUCACCACCGCCGCGAUCUUAUGAUUAUGAGAACGGUGGUGGUGGUGAUUUCAGAGGAGAUAAUAAUGGUUAUGGUGGCGUACCUAAGAGAUCUCGGUCUUACGGAGAUAUGACUGAGAUGGGAGGAGGAGGAGGAGGAGGAGGAGGAAGAGAUGAGAAGAAAUCUGUUACGCCUUUAAGGGAGAUGACACCCGAAAGGAUUUUUGGAAAGAUGGGACAUUUGCAAAGGUUGCUUGAUCGGUUUUUGUCAUUGAGACCAACUGGUUUAGCUAAGAACAGUAGGAUGAUAUUGAUAGCGUUGUAUCCUGUUGUGAGGGAGAGUUUUAAGCUUUAUGCUGAUAUCUGCGAGGUUUUGGCUGUUUUGUUGGAUAAGUUUUUCGAUAUGGAGUAUACAGAUUGCGUCAAGGCUUUCGAUGCGUAUGCUAGCGCGGCGAAACAGAUUGAUGAGGUUAUUGCGUUUUAUAACUGGUGUAAAGAAACUGGUGUGGCGAGGUCGUCUGAGUAUCCUGAAGUUCAGAGGAUUACUGGUAAGUUGUUGGAGACGUUGGAAGAGUUUGUGAGAGAUAGAGCGAAGAGAGGGAAGAGUCCUGAGCGGAAAGAGAUUGAAGCUCCUCCUCCUCCACCUGUUCAAGAAGAGGAGCCUGAACCUGAUAUGAAUGAGAUCAAAGCUCUUCCUCCUCCUGAGAAUUACACUCCUCCACCUCCUCCUGAACCAGAGCCUCUGCCUCAAAAACCGCAGUUUACUGAGGAUUUAGUUAACUUGAGGGAGGAUGAAGUCACUGCUGAUGACCAAGGGAACAAGUUUGCGCUUGCUCUCUUUGCUGGUCCANCGACUCUGAUGGAAAGAAUUGUUUUUGUUUUUUUCCAGCUCUGUCUUUGGAGCACAAAGAGCUGGGUCAAGCUGACGAGUAAGAACUCUACGCAUAAUUGUUGCACCCGGUCUAACCUUGAGUCCACCUCUUUAGUAACUCACAUCCAGUUUGAUCCAUAUCAAAUUGAGAUGCUCGUGGUCCAUGAGGGGUGGAUAGGUAUAUACGAACCUCGAAGUCUUGAUUGCCGUGUGCAGUGGAUACCUGAUGAAUCUGAUACUUCAAUAACUUCUGCUACAUAUUCGUCCGAUGGUGAGAUCAUCUAUGUUGGCUUUGGAAGUGGAUUCAUAAAAAUUCUGGACUCCAAGACCUUCGUGACGAUAUGUCGAAUUAAUCUGACUUCUGUUACUCAACCCAGCCCCAGCAACAUCAGGCUCGAAGUUUAUCCAACUGUUAUUGCCGCUCAUCCUUCACAUCUGAGUCAGAUCACUGCUGGGCUCAGUAAUGGUAAGGUCAUUGUUCUUCAGCCGUUGUGGAGUAGAGGAUGGGGUGAAACAGCUCCACCUGAAGACGAUGGAGAUUAUCCUGAUGACUCAGAUCAUAGUUACUGACCACAGAAGUUGUCUUAGUUUUCUGUAUUUAUCUCUGAGCUAACUGAUCUUUUUGGAUGUAACUGAGCUUACUGCUCUUUUUGUAUGCAAUUGUGCUUAGUUCUUACUGCCUUUUUUUUUU